CCAGGUGUUGUCCUCACACCUGGCGACGGAGGUGCGCGGACAGCAUCUGGUCACGCCUCUUACCGACACACGGCCCGACCAUGCUGAGCCAAGCCACGGCGCCCAUGGUGUUGACCCUGGCGGCGGCAGUCUCCGGCGCACUCGUCGGACCGCCGGCGCUGCACGGUUCGCUGAUGCUGCCUGAGGCCGGCGGGCCGCCGUCCGCGGUCUCGCUGCGUGAACGGCAGCCGAGAGCCUUGGACGACAUCUACGACCUGGAGUUCUUCGAGUGGAUUCCCCCGGGGGAGACGGCGGCUGUGCAGACCGUCUCCAUGCUCACCGAGACUCUGUCCCGAGUGGAGGGAGUUAUGACUACCGCUACUCAGACCGCGGCCGCGGAGAGCAUCACAGCAUCCCAGACCCAGACCCAAACUCAGACUCAGACUCAGACGCAGACUCCGGCGCAAGCAGCGACCACAUCCCAGCCUCCGAAAGACGGCGCUGCAGCUGUGGUUAUGUGUUGGUCUUGCCUGUUUGUGUCCCUCAUCACAGUGGCAGGCAUUUGCCUUGUAGGUUGACGAUAGCCAACAGCUUUUGGACACGGACGUGGCCGCUUCAAAUGCAGGCAAGACAAGUGAACUGUUUACAAUAUUCAUUUUUGAUGUUUUGCGCGGGAGGCGAAGUUUAAAUUUCCUGGUAAAUUAAAUUAAUGAAAUAAACGU